AUGUCAGCUAAAGUAGAAGCGCUUUCCCUUACCUGCCCUGUUUCUUUCCCCAGCCCUUCAACUCCCUUGACCGAGGCCCUACAUCGCUGGUCCGAAACCAGUCUCGAGCAUCCUGCCUUGAUUAUCACGCCAGAAACCGAGGCCGACAUCGCCGCUGCCAUCGCUAUUGCCCGCGAGAAUGGCCUGAAACUUCUUCCCGCGGGCGGCGGCCAUUCGACGUUUGUCCGUGUGACCCCAAAGACCCUAUACCUCGACCUGAAGGCUUUCAACUCCGUCGCCCUCAUCAGACAGGCAGGCACCGUCCGCUUCGGCGGCGGGGCCACAACCGCCGACGUCACAAAGACCCUCGCCGCCAAGGGCUACUACAUCCCUGCCCCAGACUCCAACGCGGUAGGCAUGGUCGGCGCCCUCCUCGGCGGCGGCACCUCGUCUCUCAACGGUCUGCACGGCUUCAUGGCCGAAAACGCCGUCUCCUUCCGCCUCGUAACGGCCGACGGCCGCGCGCGGGAGGUGUGCGGCACAUCGACCGAUCCCGACGAGCGCGCCCUCUUCCACACCCUCUGCGGCGCGGGCCACGGCCUCGGCGUCAUAACGGCCGCCACGAUGCGCGCGUACCCCGUCGCCCAUCUGCGCCUGGCAGACGGCAAGGUGUGGGCCCGCACGCUCAUGUUCCCGCCCGCCGCUCUCGACACGGCCGCCGCCACGUUUCUGAGCCUGCUGCCGCCGCCUGCGCCUCUUUCUGCGCGACUGGUCUUCGUGCGCGCGCCGCCGGGGUCGCCGGCUGCUGGGCAGCCGCUCAUCAUGGUGUCUGUCCGAUAUUUCGGCCCCGUCGACGAUGCUGAGAGGGCAGCGGCUGUGCUGUUGUGCGCUGAGGUUCUGGAGAAGACGGUGCAUGCCGAGACUAGCUUGACGCGCAUCGCUGACUUGCCGGACAGGUUGGACGCGCUGAAUGCGCACGGCGGACUCAAGGAUAAUCAGGCUGCGCAGCUGGAGAGACACAGCAGUGAAGCGAUUGCUGAGAGUUUCGCCAAGUGGAGGGACGUCACCGACAGGCACGAAGAUGCCAAGUUGACCACGGUCGUGUUCUCGGGUUUCAGGCCAAGAGAGCCAGCACAGGACGAAGAAGGGUUCAAGAAUCCGGAGAGGGGCAAUGCGGUUCUGGUGGCGACGUGGUGUCGCAACCAGGAGACACGUCGGGACCUCUUGGGGUUCAUGGAAGGCAUCAUGGAGGUCAGUCGACGGCUGGAUGGAACCCGUCCACGAACUCCACCCAAUAAUAUGACGGAUGCAACGAGGUUGGAAGAGAUGUUUUCGCCAGAGCAGAUUGAUCUCAUGAGGAAGACGAAGGAGAGAUGGGAUCCGGAGGGGGUAUUUUGGACUCCAUACAAGGGCUUGUGA